AUGGCCAGCACAAGCUUGACGGCGUCAUACCUGACGCCGGACCCAAGCUUUAAUUGGUUUGUCGAGCUUCAAAUGCUUCUUAAGGGGCCCAUUGCUAAAGAUUAUAGGUUUUUCCUCCUGGAGCUUAUCGUUUGUAUCAUCCUGGUCCUAUUCUUCCUCCUUUACUUCAACCGGUUGUUCGCGACACUCUUAUCCUACGGAAUUCGCGCAUACACCUGGCACUACUAUCGCGUUUAUGUCGACAUAAAUGCACUCCAGAUAUCAUUGCUUGGUGGCCGAAUAUUUUUCAAGGGCAUCCGAUAUCAUGGCGCGAACGAGACAAUCUUUAUUCAUGGCGGGUUCAUAACUUGGAGAUACUGGAAGCGCAAGGUGCAGCGCACCGACCUUUCUCGUAAUUGGAGCAAAACCAAGGAACGUUCUGGAGAGGAGUCCCGGACCAAGAGCGACAGUUUUGGAGAACGAGAACAAGGCGGAGUGAGCAAGACGAUUGAACUUCCGUGUCGGAUUUCCGUCAAAGUCUAUGGCCUUGAAUGGUUUAUCUACAAUCGAACGCCUGCCUAUGACAGCAUCCUCGCUGGAUUCGGCUAUAAAAAAGAUUCUGGGGGAGAAGACGGAUCUAUUUUUGGGCAAGAUGAUCCGUCCAAGUCUAAAGAGCAGGCUGGGAAUAUGUACGAGGCGGCCUCUGCGUCUGGUGCUAAAACGAGUCUCGACAAUAGAUCAGACAGGAGUUCUAAAAAUCCUGAUUUCAAUUACCGGGAUACCGAAGUUCGCGAAUCCGAACUUGCCCCAGCAGCUUCGAGUAUCCUGGAGCUGUUACCGCUCAAAAUCGAAUGCUCGAAAGGCGCCAUUGUGAUGGGAAAUGAAAACACUCAUUCUGUGAUGACGACAACUUUUAGCGCUGCAAGUGGGACAAUCGCAGCAGCAAGUGCAGGCCCGUUCGACAUCUAUCGACAGCUCUUCUCCUUUAAGAUCAACCACCCGGUCGUUCAAUUGCGCCCUAAUCCCGACUUUAAGCAGAACCAGUUGGCAAUUGCAAAUUUAUUGAGCACUGCAAAGGAGGAGUUGUCGGAGUCUGACCAAAAAAGAGAGAGUUCCUUCAAUCCCCGGGUCCGACGACGUAAAAUGUGGCAUAGCCUACGUGAUCUGAUUCCUUACUUCCAGACCUCGGUCGAGUCGUUCUACAUCAGCAGUAAGCAGAGUGAAAGCAUGCCUCGAAGCCAGGCAGAGUUUCCGGAAAGUGUCCAUUGGACCGGUCUUUCGCGCUACUUGGACGAAGAUCAAGGCAACGACCACGAGAUGUGGAGCUCAGUCGAAUAUGCAAGGUUUUCAACCAUUCUUGACAGCGAAUCCCUAGAAGUGACCUAUUUUUGGGAUUCCCCAGGCCGUGUCGAACCGGAACAUCUUAUUUCUCAGGAAGCUGAUGGUGAUAUAAACCAUACCCCACCCCCAGCAUACGGAGUUGAUCUCAAAGUUGACGGCGGAAUGUUGAAUUACGGACCUUGGGCCGAUAGAGAGCGAGUAGGUCUGCAAAAUAUUUUCUUCCCAAACUUUUAUCGCAGCUCAGAACCUGCGGAGCCCCUAUCACCUGGCGGACUUCGCCAAAGUACAAAGUUCAAGCUGCGAGUUGAAAUCGGUAAGGAGCUGUUCCUCCGUAUACCGACCCGAGAACCCUCCAAAGACUGGCAAUGGAAAGGUCGUGCAGAUGCCAUUCGCGGGAAGCCAAAAACAAAACAAGCUCCCAAUGGAAAAUCUCGUCCUAAAGAAGGCGAUAAGGGGCAUCUUGGCUCUGAUAUUCGUCCCUUUGGGUGGCUAACGCUUCGCGUGGCUGCUGAUUCCACUAUCAACUAUACCAUGGACAUGACAGCGUCAAAUAACGGGUUCCGGAAUGAGUUGACUCUUGACUUGCGAGAUUCGAAAAUGACAUCGAGCGUUAACCAUGGAGUCCUGUGGAAUUGCCCACGCCAACUGGUGACAUGCGACCUGUCCAAUCCAUUAACCUGGAAUCAUCUACGUUCAUGGAAGUUCCACGUUGAAUGUCAUGAUAUGGAACUCUUUCUUCUGCGAGACCAUAUUUUCUUGAUCACAGACCUCGUGAGUGACUGGGGUUCUGGUCCUCCAUCUGACUAUUACACUUUCGUACCUUUUAUCUACACCCUUGACCUCACUUUCUCUAACAUCCAGCUCUUUGUGAAUGUCAACGACCGGAACAUCAUCAGCAACCCAUCGGAUCUAGAGGAUAACCGAUUUAUUGUCAUUAAAAGCAAGCAACUCGCGUCAAACGUGACGAUCUGUUUGGACAAGUAUCAACCAGACCAAAAUACCGUCAAGUUCAAAGUUAACCUUCAGGAUGGUGGGGUGGACUUCCUCACGCCUGUUUGGGAUACCUUUCAUACAUUUUUACCAGACAAGUCGCUUGCUACUUUAGAUGGACUUGUGAUUGAUGGAUCAUACGAUUAUUUCCUCUCAACAUCCCCGGAUCUCACGGACACUCUACUUCUCAAGAUAGACGGCGCAUCUCCUCGACUUUUUCUCUAUGGGUUUUUAAUCAAGAGCUUCAUGACCGUUAGGGAGAAUUAUUUUGGUGAGGAGAUGCAUUUCAAGACAUUGGAAGAAUAUCAGGGACUGGUGCACGCGGAGGAGUCGCCAAAAAAUCCUUCAGGGAUCAAUCCAAAUCGCAAGUCCAAUGACAUGGAUGUGUUGGUUCAUGUCGCCGUUGACAGUGCGUGUGCGCUUCUUCCUGAAACAAUCUAUGAUCACUUGACAUGUUCUAGGCUCUCUGCCGCAUCGCUGGAUAUUGAUCUCCGAUUCACAAACUAUUACAUGGAUAUGCAGUUGUCUCUCGGCCCCAUUAAACUGGAUUUGCAGUCAACUCAGUCAGAUGGCUCCUCGUCUGUUUCCGAAACUCAGUUAUUCAUCGAUGGCGUUUCCGUUUACGGCCACCGCGUCUUUGGAUUGCCUCCUGACGAGCCAACCUAUAUCUGCAACUGGGAUUUUGAUGUUGGAAGAGUUUUGGGCGAAUGCUCUACAGAGUUCCUUGCAUGUUUAGCCGCCGGUGCCAAAAGCUUUGAUUUUUCUUUCGACAAUGAAGAAAACACACUGCACCCACUCUCUCCACCAGUCCUCCACGAUGUGACCUUCGUGAGGGCUAGGGUUAAUUCGAUUCAUCUCGCAGUCCUACUCGAAGAUGUUGCGCUUAUAUUGAGUUCACAGCCUUUGAAUGCCAAUUUCAAUGACUGGGAAAGCUUCCAAUUUUCAAAGCGCGUGAGCUUGCUACUCCCAGAUUUGACCAUUGCGGCUGUGGAUCGACAAAUGGCGGCGAAGGCGCUUUGUUCACCUGAGAAGAUAGUUAGCCCUCUCGGCAUUAUCAAGAUGACAGUUGGUUUCAAGAUGGCUUUGCGUAGGCAUGAUAUCGCAGAAAGUCGACGCUUGCAGCAGGAGCAUAUCAGAAAACACGACCGAAGAACCCAUCGAGCGCAAUGGCUGCUAUUUGAUUGGGAAGAAGAAUUUGAUCCAAUUGCGUCUAUUCCCCACGAUGCUGAUUUGGUGCCUCCGACUAUGGCUAUUCCCUCAAUGCCUGAACCCAUAAAUCUGAAGACCAGGUCUGUGCGUUCGCCAUCAUACAGAGGCUUUCCAGAUACCCAGCCUGCUGGAAGGCCAAGUGGCUUUCGUAUACCCUCCGAAACUUCCAGCAUGAAGAGCGCCGGGUCUCGUGCUUUCCGCGUUCCUCCUAUCUCCCGAUCAAUUUCCGAGCCUCAAGAACGCCCACCACCACCUGACCGCGAUGCUAGCUGGACUACUUUCCAACCAGGGCGCGGUAGAGAUAGCGAGAGCUUGGGCUAUUUCAAUUUCAAAUCGGCCCCUUACUCCGCUGCGGCAAUUAGAGAUGCAAACCCUUGGAGUCCGCCGCAAUUCUCUUAUUAUAAGUUGUGUCUUGAUACCUCUGAGAUCCAGUCUUCGGAGAGCAGCCACAAUCCUCGUCAAGAGGAUGAGCCCAACAGAAAUCGAAGGUCUAUGUUCCUGAGCUUUGAAGAUGACCAGACAGCACAUACAAAUUUUGCUCUAGACGUCCCACAGGGCAUUAAAGGCUUUUGUACACCGAGGUUCUUGCUCUGUUUGGCAUCCUUGCUUGAUGGGUUGGAACCGAAACAUCCGGUUCAAAUCAUUGACUCCCUGCAAAAAGAUGUCAUAUCUGACAUUGUUGGCUACGAAAAAUCCAUGAGUCAACAAGCGAAGAUUGCGACUGCCGUCGCCCUUCGAAUUCCAACCAUCCAACUAAGGCUUGUUGAUAUUUCUGAUUCCCCCAAUAGCAAGCAUGUUGAGUUUCAGGAUGAAUAUAGAAUCGAGGUCCACCGUCUUCGAACUGAGUUUCAAAGGAGACUCCAGAGACAAAAAGGUGAUCUUCUGGAGGGUAUCAAGCAAGGGAUUACAGUCCAUGCUGCGGCAGACCACCUUUCGGUAUCUGUUCAGGGCAGUCGGACGGAUGCGUUCCAGGAGAAGGCCACAUUCACCUGGGACCUGGGUGAUGUGAAUUUUUGGCUGGCUACUGUACCCAAUGUUCGCUCCCAUCUGCAGAUGCGGACAUUUGAUACCGUUACAUCCGCCAAGUCGGUUGAACGAUUAGCGUUCCUUGUGCGACGCGCGACAACGAUGUUUGACUCUGUUGCAUCUUCUUUCCAGCAAGUAUCUGCUGUGAGCAAGCGGAGGCUACGGUUUCUUGUCUACUUUACGACAAAGUACGCCGCCCAGAUUCCAGAUCCAAUUUUCCUAACACGCAUCUCAUAUGUCUUGCGAUUGAUUUCGAAACACCUGCGCCAGCAUGACUCAUGGAAGAUCAUUUCACGUAUCCGAAAUAUUUACAAAUGCCUCCCAGUGCAUCACAGACACGAACUGGAAAGUACAUGUGCGGGCGACUGUCUUUCUCUUCCUUCUAAUGCUCAGUCAAUAGUCCUUACUGGAUUUGAUCAAUGGCGUGCAUGGGACUUGGCUCAUGUUGAAAAGAGCUAUGUAAUGCGCAGAAUUUGGCCAAGCCCUCCCCAACGGAAGACAUCCCAGUCUUCAGUGGCAUUCUCUUGCAACAUCAAAACGCUCCGAUUCUCACUUGACCCUGGCCCAAGGGAGAGCGAUUUCAUUGUUGAAGACGUCUACACGGCCUUCGCAGUCAGGCCAAACAACACGGUCCUGGAGAACGAUAAGAUGAAGCUUAAGAGGCUCAUCAUGCUUCAGGCAUUCUGUUCCUCUGCUGAUUUACGUCUCCGGUGGGAAAUUGCCGAUUUGGUCGAGGGCAUAAUGAAGGUGAUGUCAAAUGUCACGCUCAAAUCCACCAAUGCCCAACCAGCACCUCCACCGGAGGGUCGCGAGCCAAGUGAAAUACACAUAACUUUCGGCUCGGAUUUCGGCUCUAUCACCCUUGAUUGCAUCAAUCUCCAGAUAGCUUUGAGCUCUAGGGGUCUGCGUGGCUCCAUUGUCAAUCAGUCUGCUGGUGGCAAAAAUGCAAAAAUGCAAGAGCUGGCCCUGCUUUUUAGUGCUGAGGCAGGAUCAUUGGCACUUUCUGGCCAAUCAAGGGUCCUGAUGUUCACGAAGAUUGCCAAUCCAUACUUGUACCUCUCGCUGGUUUCCCAAGAAGAUGAAAUUCAAUCGCAACAAGACUGGAGAAUGGCAGGGUCCUGCAGAAAACUUCGUUAUGACAUGAAAGAGGACCCUGUGAGCCUGGCUCAUACCAUGGAUCGUGUUAUAGAUGAUGAAGUUAGGUUUAUUCAACAGCUCAUUAACAACGUCAAACGUUCCGAGACAGAGGUUGCGGCACAGGAGACAGAGAAGCUGCCGGCUUCAAUCAAGUCUUCUCACAAUAGCGUGAAUGUGGCAAUGUUUCUGGAUGAUUAUCGCCUGUCCUUUGGUCUAUUGCCAUCUUUGACGUAUGUGGUCUCGGGUGAUGUUGCGCGAAUGUCAGUUAUGCCUGCUGCGAACUCACAAAUCGAGGUUGAUUUUGACGUGAAGAAAAAUUUGCACAAAUUCAUUUCCGGCGAAGGAAACAAAUCUCGCGCUCUCUCAAUUAUGGAAUUGCCUCCUACGAAUGGUCGCAUUCUUGCUAGUCUCUCAGGGAUCCACAAACAGCUGGAGGUUGACAUGACUGUCGAGACAAUUCGUCUCGAAGCUAGUGCGGUGCGCAGUCUACUAAGUGUUUUGACUGGGCCUGAUGUCUCGCAUCUUCUGUCGGACCUCAAACAAAAUCUGGAUGUCCUCAAAUCCCACCUAAGCGACGUGGUUUCAUUACCUAAGGUACAGCCAAAGGAGAAACCUGUUUCGGAAGAUUCAGUGAUUCUGUACAAGUCUCGGCUGACCAUGGUCGGCUUCGAGAUUCAUGCCAUCGCGCCCAGUGCUAGCAAAAAGCACCAUGCCGCAGAGAUGUUGUUCAGCUUGGGAAUGAUGCAGAUGCGUCUUGAAAAUAAAGGAGAUGGUGGAUACCCCAUGGAUUAUCCGGAAUUCAGCAUCGAUGCUUCGCAGAUAAAAUGUGAAUUGAUGCGGCAGGAGGAUGGCCGAAGGAAGUCUUACGGCGGCUUCUCCCUUGGUGUCAAGCUUCAAGGAACGUCUUCAGCCCGCGAGAAUGGUGAGGUGAUACGCGCUUAUCAUCUGACAAGUGAUAAAUUUGACAUUGAGCUGUUUGCUGAGACGGCUGCGUUAGUCGUGGACAUUGCGAUCUAUACGCAAGAGCGUAUCAAGAACUUGGACCUGUCCCACGAGGUAAAACGGCUGCGCAGGCUGCGGCAUCGCAACCACAUUGAGCACCCCGGCCCAGAAAUGCCUAAGAUCCAGAUCGAGAGCGAAGACAACGCCACAGCAGAGACAUUCCUGAACGCGAUGUACUCGCUUGAGUUCCGGGCCAUUCAAGUCGCUUGGAACAUGGCAUCUCCAUUGUCAAGUGGUUCUAACCGUCAGCCGGAAGAUUUGGUAUUCUCGAUUCAGCAAGUUGAACUGUCCAACAAGAAGAAAAAUUCAGCUAGACUUCGGAUUGCCGAUAUGCAGCUCCAAAUGGUGCCAUUUCACGCAGACAGGAAGAAGCGCUCGUUGAACUCAGCUCUCAUGCCUGAAGUAGUCUUCAACGUUGCCUACUAUUCCAGUGGCACGGAGCUGCGGCUUGCGUUCCAAGCGGCGGGUAAAGCGUUGGACAUUCGUGCGACUUCUGAGUUCAUCAUUCCCGGAAAUAUGGUUCGAAACUCUAUUGCGUCUGCAAUCGAGGAUUUACGAGAGGGCAAGAUCGCAUGGGCCACGAAGUCUUCUCCAGACCCUGAAAGCAGCACGAAGGACCCCAGUCUCUUUGGUAACAGGAAAAUUUGUUCUGUCUACGUGGACGUUGACUUUGCCGGUGCUACUGUUUCUCUGCAGGGAAAGCAAGGUCAUGACCCCCAGACUUUGAUGACUGCCACUCUGCAAGCCACCCUUCGUGCGCCCGGCGUUGCUUUUAAGAUCCAUUAUGAUGACAAGGGGUCCGAUGAUCCAGCUCUGCAUGCGGAGUUGCGGGUUGAGCCAUCCACCAAUGUCCUCUACCCCACAUUAGUUCCUUUGGUUAAGCAGAUGACUGCCACUGUCAAAGAAAUCAUGGGUGAGCAGCAGUAUAACCGCUCCCGUCGGCCUUCUGCUGCAGCACGAUUGCAACCACAGCUCUUGAUGCAAGAGACGCCGUUCGGAGAGCCAGACCCGACUUCCAUUCUUGGACGUUGCAAAGUGAAUAUCGGUCUACUGUUCUCCAAGCAAGAAUUUACUUUGAGCUGUCAGCCAAUUGCUCGGGUAGCGGCUACAACUAGAUUUGAAAGCGUGUACGUGACAGUCAAUACUGUCCAGUCAAAUGAAGGCCGCUUCCUUGCUCUGUCUCUGGCAUUUAACAGCCUGGAGGCCUCUGUCAAACAUGUCUACUCCAACGAGUCCACGGCUAGUUUUGAGGUCCGGUCGAUGGUUUUGUCUCUAAUGAACAGUAAGCAUCUGGGUCGCACGAGUGGUAUCUCGGCUAUCCUCAGAGUAAGCCCCAUGAAGGUAUUGCUCAAUGCCAAGCAGCUACAAGAUUCGUUACUUUUCCGGGAAAUUUGGCUGCCGUCCGAUGACGAACCACCCGCAUCCAGUCCACCUUUGAAACCAGGGCCACCGGAACCACAACAGCCAGAGGCUCAGUCAUACAUUGUUCAGCGUUACCAGCAAGUUUCUUCCGCCUCUGCAGCACAGUUUGCUAUCGAUAAUCUGUGGGUGUCGACCAACAAGACAUCGCACAAUGAGCAAAGCAUGUGUAUCAAUUUUGAUUCCAUUGGGAUUGAAAGUAAAGGACGCUUAAGCGGAGUUGUCGAGCUACGACCCCUCAAAGUUCGCACAUCGAUCAAAUGGCCUGAAGCACGCGAGUCCGGCAAUACGCCGCUCAUCCAGGCCUCUAUCUCUUUUCAUCAUCUCCAAGCCAAGGUUUCGUUCGACUACCAGCCAUUCUUAGUGACACAUAUCGCCAUGUUCGACUUUUUGAUGUACAACGUGCGUGAGCCAUCUGGCGAGCAAAGCCAGCGGCUAUUCAGUAUCCUUGAAGGCGACGAAGUCCACGUAUUUUGCACAUCACUCACUGCAUCACAAGCUUUGGCAUUGUACCAGGCUUGGCAGCGCCUUGUUCAAGAUAAGCAAUCCGCCUACGAAGCUUCAGUGCGCGAAAUAGAGCGCUACCUUCGGCGCAAGUCCACCGUUCCUUCUGACCGAAAGGAGUCUCAGCCGAAAGAAAGUGCCGAGAAGGAAGAGGACUUCGAAAAAGCCCCAGGGACACUCCAGACAAGUGUGGUGGUGAAGAUUCAACACGUCAACCUCGGGGCCUUCCCCAGUUCUUUCUUCGACAAUCAGAUCCUCAAGCUAGACGCGCACGAUGCGGAGGCCCGGUUUGGUGUCUCUCUCGAAUCCAACAAAAUCCAUAGUGCGUUAGGCCUGACUCUCGGUCAGCUACGGGUGGCGCUCUCAGGCGUCAAUCGCCCUAGCUCCGGGCAGCUCGAAGAGCUUUCCAUAGACGACCUUGUGCAGCGUGCGUCUGGCUCGCGAGGCGGGACAAUUCUCAAAGUCCCGCGCCUUGUCGCCGGAAUGGAAACCUGGCAAAUGCCGGGCACCCGGCAGAUCGACUACAUUUUCCACAGCACGUUCGAAGGCAAAGUGGACGUCGGUUGGAACUACUCUCGCAUCAGUUUCAUCCGGGACAUGUGGGAGACGCAUUCGCGUGCACUGGCGACACGGCUUGGUAAGCCGUUGCCGCCUUCUGCGGUGCGCAUUACGGGUGGCCCUGGGAUCAGUAAUGGCUGUGGCGCUGGGUCUCAAGGCGGUGGCGCUGGAUCCGAUCAGCAGGAAAAGAUCACCGCAGUGGUCAACGUGCCCCAGUCCAAGUAUAGCUACACAGCACUGGAGCCGCCGGUAAUCGAGACGCCACAGCUGCGGGAUAUGGGAGAAGCGACGCCGCCACUGGAGUGGAUCGGUUUGCAGCGCGAUAAGUUGCCUAAUGUCACGCACCAGAUCAUCAUUGUUACGCUACUGGAGAUUGCUAAGGAGGUUGAGGAUGCGUAUGGAAAGAUUCUGGGAACCUAA